AUGAAGAACACGCUCCCUGCAAGUGCCGGUAUCACUACACCUGGGCUUAUUGGCUUCGUGCUCUUCAUUAUCUUGUAUUUCCCCAUCAUCUACUUCGUCCCAGCAUGGAAGGUGCAAAAGUUGCUUGAAGUGCAAGUCGUAAUCGCAACUGCAACACUUCUUGGGAUCAUGGGAUGGGCCGUCGCUGCAAAUGGCGGCAGUCCCGGCAACCUCGUCUCCCCUGCCAUAAAGCUCACCAAAGCUGAAGCUGGCUUUCGCGUCGUCCAAGGUAUAACGUCCGUAGCUGGCACAUACACUGGCGGUACAGACCGAGUAUCAGAUUGGACGCGUUACGGACGAUCUCGCCACACGUCCACACCCGCUAUCAUCACCUUGGCCGUCACUGUUACCCUGACCGCCUUGGUGGGGAUCAUCUCAACGUCCGCAUUGGCUGAACGAUAUGGCAUGCUCGAAUGGAACCCCCUCAUUAUGCUGCAGUGGGUACAAGCGAACUACUACACGCCCACAUGCCGCGCAGGAACCUUCUUCGCCGGCGUCGGACUAUUGAGUGUAACGGUGUUCGUCAACUAUACGCAGAACUGCGUGUCCAGCGGCAUGGACGUCGCCAUGCUCGUCCCGCGCUACAUCACGCAGCGCCGCGGCGCAAUCAUCUUCUCCAUUCUAGGUGUGCUUGCGAACCCCUGGCGCUUUCUCACCCAAGCGUCGACCUUCAUUACCGUGCUCAGCUCCUUCGGUGUAUUCAUGUCUCCCGCAGCUGCCAUCUUGGUUGUCGACUUCUGGCUCAUCAGGCGGCAAAAGUGGAACAUCCCCGAACUCUACGCUCCUGGCGGUAUGUACUGGUUCACUGGCGGCGUGAACUGGCGCGCAAUGGUUGCAUACUUCCUUGGCAUGUGGCCAGCUCUGCCCGGCUUUGUUGGCGCUGUGUCCAAGCCGGGAAGUGUGAGUGUGAACAUUGUGUGGACGCGAUUCUAUCAAAUCAGUUUCUUUUUUGGCUUCGCCACAAGUGCGAUUCUGUUCUAUAUCUUCAGCAAGAUCUCGCCACCACCAGGUCUAGGUGUGCAGGUGGAUUUUGACAUUGACGGGACUCCAGUCGGUAUGAACGGAGAGGUCAUUGAUCGGGAUGGGAGAUUAGAGAAGGGGACGGGUGUGGAUGUUGAUAUUGAUAUUAAGAAGAUGGAGGUAUCUACGCACUCAUAG